AUGCCCCUGCUGCCUUUGCGCCUCGUACGCCAAUCUUUGCAGAUCUCUCACUGUACAGUUACCGAGUCAAAUCUGUAUACGCAUACGGCCAGGAAGAGUCUCGUUGGCUUUGUGGCCACUCGCACCUUGUCCUCACGACAUUAUUACCCAUUUCAACACCCCCCGCAGCUACGCCAUCGCUUUACGCAACCCAGUCGCGUAGUGUCUACCUGCUGGAACGACUCAGGCAGCCAUCCUACCUCUCGACCGGUACGAAGCAUGUCAUCCGACGCCGACUACGCGGCCUUUCUGGACAAGGCGAAUCAAGCCAGCGGCUCUGCAGAAGCGCAGGAGGCAGUCAAGAAGAGCCAUGGGACAAAGAGCGUGAACAGCAUGGUACCAAGAGGGCUGGAUCAGAUCGAGGAGUACUACACAAGCGAUGCAGAUGAGCCUUUUGAGCCUGUUGCACUGAAGUUUGAUGGGUCAAGUGUAUCGGCAGACGAGCUGAAGAAGUUGAUAGGCGGGGAUCAGGAUGUUCAAGAGGUUGGGCAGAAGGAGUUUGGAAGCCAGUAUAAGACGGUCAUGGACGCGGUGAGCAAGGCCGGGAAUGGCGAGAUCAGGAUCUUCCGAGUGGAGCUUGGUGAAACAAGAGCGGAAUACUAUGUCGUCUCUGUAGACACGGAACAAGGCAGGGUGGUAGGGCUCAAGGCAUUGAGCGUGGAGUCUGGCCAAUGCUGCGUUGAGAACGAGGGUCCGUCGCUGGGCGGAGAAUGGAAAACAGAGAUUCGCACAACCGGGUUUCCCGUCGACGCAUUCCGAUGGGCACAGGAUGCACAAGCAAGCGACAGUCGACAGUGCUUUGCAAGCGGGAACAGGGCACGCUCUUGCUCUUGGGAUGCGCUGCAAAGUACGGAGUACUGGAGACUGUUUGCUGCCCACCAGCUCAUUGGCCGGGCGAGUGGUUGGAGGCGAGCCAAUGACGGGGGCCUUGGCUUGUGA